AUGGAUAACUAUUAUGAGAUUAUCACAUUUUUCGUAAUUAUUUCGACAGAAAUUCUAAAUUUCUUUCAUUUUGCUUGGGCUUUUGAGGUUGAUACUUUUCGAAUUUAUUCGGGUCUUUUAAAGCCAAAAAGCAAAGGCGCAUCCGGUUCAUUCAAAUUGUCAGCCGCUGCUCUUAAACCAAAGGUCGAAAAGAAGAAGCCAGUGAAAAAGGCAACAGCUGUCAAUCCGAAGAAACCAAAGGCAGCAAAAAAACCACCAGUAAAGAAACCAGCAGCAAAGAAAGCCGUUUCAUCCACCGCCAAAGUAGCAAAGAAAGCCGCUUCAGCCACCGCUAAAGUAGCAAAGAAAGCCGCUACACCAAAAGUAAAAUCGGUCAAACCAAAGGUGAAGGCUCCAUCAAAGCAAAAGGCAACCAAACCAUCGAAAUCGGCUGCCCCAAAGAAGCCAAAGACAUCAAAACCGAAAACAGCAAAGGAACCAGCCGCAGCCAAAAAGCCAAAGGCUGCCAAAGCACCAAAAGCUUAA